AACGGUUUGAAUAUUUUUCCUCUUAACAAUUAUUUCACAAUAGUAUGAAGGGGGAGGGGUAAUUAUUGAUAUUAUCAUUAAAUUGAUUGAUUUCAGUCAAUUUAUUAAACAAAAUGAACGGUGAAGGGAAACAUCAAACGUGACUAAGUUUUCGUUUGUUAUCGUUUCAAGUACAAGAAAUAAACAUCACAAAUGUAUAGGACAAAAGUUAAUAUUAGUCUUUAUAAAAAUUCUUUGUGGCCUUUGCGUGUAUUGAUGCAUAUUUGUAAUGCACUGCCAUGGCAAUUCGAUGAACUUAAUAGUUUUGAUCACAAUGGAUUAUCUUGUAAUAUAAUAUGCUGGAGAUUACUUCAUCAAUUGUUGGUUAUAUUACUUGUGGGAUGGCUGUCUAUGCUGAGAAUCAAUCAUUUUGAAGAUGUUUAUUAUGAAAAAACGGAUAUAUUUUCAAUUGGCAUGGAUGCUAUAAGAUAUGGCAUAUUAACGGCUAUUCACCUAAUUGUUUAUUGGGAAAAUACAUGGAAGGCACUAACUUAUGUAGAGCUAUUCAAAAAUUUCGAAACAAUACUGCAAAAAUUUCGGCUCUAUCUAAAAUUUGAAGUUAAUACAACUUACUUGUUUCUAUACGUCGCACUAUUGUAUAGCAUGUUGACUUUGAAUAUUCUUAUUACCUUCUUUGUGAUAUAUUUGCGCUAUUUAAAAUCUCUAAAUGCAAUUCGUUUGUUAUUGGAACAAUAUAGUGAAACUAUUUUAAAAUUUAAGUUGCUGGAGUAUGCAUUGUUUCUGGUUAUUAUUGUGACAAUUCAAAGGCACUUGAAUGCAUUUGCCGCGCAUUAUUUAAGAACCACGGUGUUGAGAUUGAGGACUAUGCCUGAAGGCAAAGAACAAACGGACAUUUUAAACAUCAUUGGAAUUCUACAAGACAUACACAAUCUUCUGGUUACCAAUGUAAAUCACAUAGAAAAUUACUUUAACUGGAGCCUGCCCAUGUUGAUUUUGAGAAUGUUUACCGAAAUUGUUCUAACGUCAUAUUGGAUGUAUUACAUAACAGAUUAUGAACUAUCUCGUUUAUAUCAUCUAUAUGGCUACUCCUCGAUAAUAUUACAACUUAUGUUCUUAUUUGUAAUAUGUGCCUUAUGCUCACAAAGUGAAAAAUUGGACACACAACUUGCAAACAUUUUGCACAUGUCAAGGCAUCAACGCCAUAAUCCCCUUUUAAAUGGAUUACUCAAUGAAAUGUCCUUGCAGUUAUAUCAUCAACAAAUAAAAUUUACUGCAGGUGGUUUUGUUGAUGUAAAUUAUAAAGUAUUUGGAAAGUUCAUUUUUGCAACCGUAUGCUAUGUUGUGAUCCUUAUACAAUUCCAUAUGUUAAUCUAGGAAUCAUCCCUUAAACGAUUUCCAAGUCAACGUUAUAUCAUUUUAAUGAAAUAUACCAUUAAAUUUUGAACAUACUAUUGUAUUACAAUUGUUGUAUCAAAAAUUGCAUAAAUGAACCAAGGAGGUUUAAGCGAGAAAGCGUCGGCAGCUUCGUUUUUUUGUGGAAAUGACCAGCUCUGUAUAUCAACAGCCUUAUACUUAUAUUAUACACUAACAAUUGUCCGCUACUUCGUCAGUGAAAAGUGUACCUUAAAAUUAGAAAAUAUAAAAAGUGUACCUUAAAAUUAUAGUAUCAAAUCGACUUUUAAAUAUACAACAGUUGGUUUUGUUUA